UGUCCGUCUUUAUGUGCAUUGGCUUGUUUCCCUGAGUUCAAAGGCAAAAGAAGGGCUGUUGCUAAUUACGAAUUAUUUUGACGUUUUGGAAGGGGAAAACGCCAGAUAAUGCCUCGAUACAAAGACGAACCUCCUGCAAUUCGCGUUUACACAGUCUGCGAUGAAUCAAGAUAUUUGAUUGUCAGAAAUGUUCCCGCUUUGGGUUGCGGCGAUGAUUUGUGCAACCUUUUUGCUUCCUAUGGAGACGUUGAAGACUUUAAACCCAUGGAUGCAGAAGACUGUGAUCAAUUUACAGAUGUUUACUGGAUCAAAUUUCGUUUGGUCAGCAAUGCCAGGUUUGCAAAGCGAAAAUUGGAUGAGUUUGUUUUUCUGGGGAAUCGAUUGCAGGUAUCAUAUGCACCUCAUUUCGAGAGCCCCUCUGAUACCAAAGACAAGUUAGAAGGGAGAAGAAAGGAAGUUCUUGCGAGAUUGAACCCUGGAAGAUCGGGGCCUAGGGUUCAUAAUGCGGGUUCUUCAAGUGAGGCUUCAUCGGUUGCAGCUACAUCACAAACAAACUACAUUUCUCAGCAUACAAACUCCGAUCAAUUUUGGAACGCUGGAGGAUCACAAAAUAAGUCUCAGAUAAAUGAUCCUCCCAUUACUCAGGUUUCCUCUGAUCAGGAAUAUUUUCCUUCCUACUCUAUGAAUCAGACUGUUAGGCUGGUCAGAGAAAAGCUCAAUAAGAUUCAAUCAAGUACCGAGCACCUACAAGCUGCUCCUGCAUCCAAGAAAUCACGAGUUGACAAUAGAAGAAGAAUCUGAUGGAACUUUGUAAUGGAGAAAAUCAGCCACCAUUUCAAUUAAACAGCAAUUGCUUUCAGAGUCAUGCCUGCUACAUAUGUAAAUUAUAAUCAGAUUCUAUUUAAAUGCUGUUCUUUAGUACAUUGAACUUUUUGCCCCCAACUUUUGCACAAAACUUAUUUUUUGUUAAUAUAUUCUAUAUUCAUACUGCAAUAUUAUUGUACAAAUUUUAGAAUUAAUAAAUUUUAUUUUUCAA